CGGCAAAAAGAAAAGAAGCUCUUCAACAACAAUACUUGUUUUUUGCCGUUGCAGAUUGAAAAUGGCACAGAAAAUUGCACUUUUCUUGGCCUGUGUGCUUUUAGUCGCAACGGUUGCAACUGCAUGGGCAGAAAAGAACGAAAAACAUAUCCAUGUGGUGACGAAGGCUUCUGUAUCACCGGCGGCGUCAGCACCAACUGAGGGAGCUAAAAUUAGUGGGAAAAAGUGCGUAGAAUUGUGCGAGGACCACUGCAAAUCAUGGCGCAAGAAGAGAGGGUGUGUGUUCAGCUGCACCACAUGCUGCAACAAGCUGAAUUGCGUACCAGUUGGAGGCAGGACAUGCAGCAACUGGACCAGCGUGACCAAGAAGGGUGAACAGAUCAACUGCCCCAAGUCCCCCAAGUAAAUUGGAGUUGGAGAUUUAAAAUGCCUUCACUAUCCCAUUGCUCUAUAUAGCAUUAAAUGUAAUCUUGGGCAUUUCUAUUAGUUCCAAUCAUAUAUUGGUGGAAUAAACCCCAAGUUGGGAACAUAAUAAAUUUUAUUUUUACUUAA